GGUGUACAUUUCAAACGUGAUCUACUGAAAGCUCUAUACAAUAGCAUCAAAGAGCAUGAAAUUGUGCAUGCCAGCAAAUAUGACAACCCGCCAGCGUCAAAGAUGUCGUCUAAACGAUCUUUCGUUUCACGUCAGUUGCUCCUGGAGGUUGAUCCUGAAUCACAAGUCGAGUAUAAAUGUGGCUACAUUAUGCGCAAAUGUCUUUAUGAUUCAGAUGGUGCAAAAACACCCUUCGGUCGCCGAGGCUGGAAAGAAUGGUAUGCUAGGCUACGAGGUCUAGUGCUCUACCUUGGCCGAGAUGACAGCGACAAGAAGCGGAGCAGAUACGAGACUUUCAAUAAUGCUAUUCUACUGCAUCAUGCGUUCGCUGAACCAGCGCCGGACUAUAAAAAGAAGCAGCACAUUUUCCGUCUUAGGACCGCUAAUCUGGGCGAAUAUCUGUUUCAAACCACGUAA